GAUCCGAACUCCCCCUUAAGCCUACAAAGACUCUCACUACUGUGUUUGCUUUGUAAGAAUUUUUUCUGGAAAAAAUGCAGGCUCCCGAGGAUAUUCGCAAUCUUCCAAUCGACAUCACGUUCUCCCGUCUUGGUGAAUGGCUCGUCGAUCGGAAAAGAAUACCUGCUGAUUGGCGUAAGCGUUUGGCAGCUUUGAGAGUUCGCAUUUCGAAGGAGUUCUUGUCGCUGCCCAAGGAUGCCAAUCCCCAUUUCCAUACCUUAGACCAUGAAGAUAUUGGUUAUUUGGAGGCGAAGAAAGUAUAUAAUAUUCUUCUAGAGUCAACCUCAGAAAGCCGGAAUAUAUUUGGCCGGCUAUCAGGUGCUGCUGGUGCUUGGGAGACGAUUGUACGAACUUAUGAGAAGGAUCAUAUUUUUCUUGGCGAAGCAGCUCAAAUAAUUGUUCAGAAUGUGAUUUAUGAAAUUCCAUAUCAGAAGAAACAGGUCCAAAAGAUUCAUCAACAGCUAGCUGAGCUGGAUCGUAAAGAAUCUGAUACUAAAAGAAACGCUUCUAUUUCGGCAACUAAAUAUCUUGAGGCUUGCCAGGAUCUCGGUUUGCAGGGAAAAAAUGUAAGAGUUGAACUUCUGGAGACCGCACGGUCACUUCCAAGCACAUUUAGCAGAAUAUUAGAAGUCAUAAAUGGUGAUUCUGUGUCACGUGCUAUUGAAUACUAUUCCAAUUUUGUAAGGGAUGCUCACUCGGACAAGGAUAAACAUGUGACUGUAGUACCAAACCUGGGCGAUUUACGUGAGCAUCCUCCUUCUUUACAUGUGUCUGUGGGCUUUGAGAUUGUUGAUUCUGUAAACGUUCAGUCAAGCUAUAUAGAACCAGAUGCUGUUGGAGGAGUAGGAACUGCUGCUGAUAAUAUUGACUGGGAUAUAUCUGUAGAAAAUACUCAGAUUGAUUGGGAUAUAGGUGCAUUGGAAGAGACCGAGGAUACAGGAAAUGGUUUGGGACCUUAUGAAAUAGUUCAUGCGAGUGAAGCUGUGGAAUUAGAUCAAAUGGAAUCUAACAAGGAGGGUAGUAGUACAUUGCCAGAGACUACUGUGUCUGAGAUAUCUUGGGAUGUCAGUGUUGAAACACCUCAAGUUGAUAUCAUUGAUGAUGUAACCUUGCCCGACAUUGAGAUGGAUCAUAAAACAUUCAUUCCUUCGACUCAAUCUGCAGAAACCACUGAAGUAAGGAGCCAGCUUUUGGAGACAGAGUAUAGGAAUAAGAUUCUUGAUGAUCUGUAUGAGCUUAAGGCAUUUCUGAAUCAACGUUUGAAUGAAUUGAAGAAUGAUGAAACUCUAUCGUUGCAACAUCAAGUCCAGGCAGUUGCUCCCUUUGUGCUGCAGCAAUAUACCCCUGAUGCCAUUGAGACGAUGCUAUCAGAUGUUUCCUUGGCUAUAUCAUUACUGUCAAGUAGGAAAACUCAAGAUUUAAUUAUGAUUCUCAACUCUAAAAGAUUUCUAGAGAGAUUAGUUAGUACACUAGAGGAAAAGAAGCAGCGUGAAGUGAAGCUGAAAGAAGGGUUAAAGGACUUAGCUGCCAAACGCAUGGAGCUUCAAAAUUCAUUAGCUUCAUCUUGGCCAAAACAAGAAGCAGCUCUGGCGAAAACCAGGGAGUUGAAGAAGUUAUGUGAAAGCAGUUUAUCAUCCAUGUUUGAUGGGAGACCUGUCAACAUUAUUGGCGAAAUAAACAGUGUGUUGACAAGUGGUCUCAGUGCGUAAAUAGGUAAUAAUGUCUGGCAGAAUGAUAAAUGUGAUCCUAAAUCAAUCUGUAAAAGAGAGUAGCUUUACUAAUGCUUUAACUUAUCGAAACCUUUGAGUUGUGGUGUUGUUUUUAGCAAUAGAAAUGGGAGCAUCUAUAAUACUUGACAACCCGAGCGUAUGGACAACGAAGACACUAGCCACUAGACUCUCAUAGAAGUGGUUCAACUCAAAACGGAAAAGUCAUAUGAUCCAUUUUCAGCAACUCUUAUCCAUCUAUCUAUUCUCGUUGAAAAUAGCUCUUCCCAUAGUUUCAGCAACUUUCACGCAUGCUAACUUUAAAUAUUUGUGUUCCUCUGUGUACUAUCUUUAAAUUUUAGCCAAUCCCAGAGAUUUUUACUUCUUUUCACAUCUCUCUGGAUAACAUAUCUUAGGGCUUGUUAGCUUUGGUUAAGAUCGUCAUUCGAUGAUUCAUGACCUGUUUGGUAAUUUAUUGUUUAAAAAAAA